AUGACUUUAGGGGUUAAUGGUUUCAUGCUUGAUUGCUCAAUGAGAAAACGAAAAGACAAUGGACGCGAUAAUCAUGUUGUCGAAGAAUGGCAUGAUGCAUCUGAUAUAUCUGUGAAAAUUGAUGGUGAAAUUAAAUGGUCGAAUGAACAUAAAGGUAGUGUAACUGUCAGCCACAUGUACUAG